UUAAGUUUUUUGGUUUAUGAGAGAGAUGUUAAUGUAUUCGAGUGUUAAUUAAUUUUAUUUAUUGCCGUUUUCAAAAUGGAUUAUAUGGAUGAUGUAUCUGAUGAGGAGUUGGUAACGCAAUAUCUAAACAAUGCAGCUCUUUCUCAAGAUUCUUCCGAAAGACUUUCCAAUUUCUUUAAGAUUAAAGAAACAUUGCUUCGUAAAUCUCCCAAUUUGCUCUCAAAAUAUCUUCAAAACGUUUUAAAUUUUACUACCGAUAGAAGUGCUGAUGUAAAGAAAGCCCUAGUAGGUUUCAUUGAAGAAUUAUGUAAGGUGAGGGAAUCCUUAAUACCUAAAGUUAUGUUGAAUUUACACAUGCUGUUGUGCGACGAAUCUAUACCAGUACAAAAACGUGUCAUACAAGCUACAAUUACUAUUUACCGCAGAACGUUAUCUUGGCUAUGUAGGGCAUCUUCUGUUACCGACGAAAUGGAGGAGGCUUGGAAGCAAUUAUGUGCAAUUAAGUUAGAAAUAGCUAAUAUGAUAGAUAGCGAUAAUGAUGGCAUAAGAACGAGUUCAGUGAAAUUUCUAGAAUGUGUAGUCCUUCUUCAAACUUAUCCCGAUGAAGCAGAAAAUAAAAGACCCAAUGAUUUUUCUUUAGACGAUGUCCCACUGACUUUAAAAAUUGCAAGACGACGCAAAUUGGAAGAAGAAGCGAGUAAUUUAUUUGAAGUAUUAGUGAAAUUCCACGGUUCGCCGCAUAUCAGUAGUGCAAAUUUGCUUGCCUGCAUCGGAGUUUUAACAAAUAUUGCCAAGAGUAGGGCCGAGUUUAUGGUUAGGGUAGUGUCAGCCAUUGAAUCAUUAUUUAACAAUUUACCGCCAACGCUGACUACCACGCAAGUAAGUUCGGUCAAAAAAAAGCUCAAAACUGAAUUGACAGCGUUAAUAAAACACCCCGCAGCCUUUGAUUAUGUCACCCGGAUUUCUGUAAUGCUGGUGGAUUUAGGGUGUACUCAACAAGAUAUUGCUAAACUGAUACCUAAACUCGAAGAUCGUAAGAAAUACAACAAACGUACUUUGUCCACGGAAUCAUCCGUCCAACAGAUUGUCAAGAAACCUCGUUUGGAAGCUUCAUCAUUUGAACUAGACGAUACCAAUGACAGUCAAUUCGAUACUCCGCAAGAAGCAAACGAACACUUCAUUUUAGAAAAUCUAACUCUUGAAAAAGCCGUGUAUCUCAUUUUUACUCACAUUCCGAAACUGCCAAACACUAUUCCCCCUAACUUUGUGGCAGAUUACCAGAAGUAUUUUAAAGGAGGUAAUGUUGGAAAAAUGCCACUGGCAAACGUCUUGGCUGAGCAAUUUACAGAGGCCCGUGUCGGGCCUGGGGCUAAGGUAGUCGUGAAAGAACGGACCCCCGAAACGAAUAGUAAAAAACGAGAACGAGAGUCUGAAGAAACAAAGGAUGAAAAAGAGAAGCAGCCAAGAAAGGAAAAAGUAAAAGUUCAGAGGUUAAAAACCUUGAAGUUGUCGGAAAUAACCAAGCCUUUAGAGAAGGACGUUAAGCAGAGACUACUAAUAGGUUCAGUAAAUCGGUUACUGUAUCACGACAAGUACCAAAAUAAACUGUUACAUCAAAAAGUUAUCACUACGUUGGCGACGUGUUUUAAUAAAACCGUCAGAGACACUGUCCUGGCUUAUUUGAUGUCCGAUCUUAGAAGUUACGUGGAUACUGCCCUGGCCUGGUUAUUUGAGGAAUAUAGCAUUAUGCAGGGAUUUGCUAGGGUACCUCCGCUUCGCCGAGAAGGCAAAAUAGACGACAGUUACAACCUCUUGCUAUGCAGCUUCAUCAGCAUAAGUUCCAGUGACGCCCUUAUCCUCUCUCGUUUACUCCUCGAAGCGCCCAUGGUCACCGACGAGGCGUUACAUGAAAUCAAGACCGUAUGUCGCGACGAACGCAGGUCGGGUUGGGCUUUAGGCCUCUUGAGGGACCUCACUGUCAGAAAACCGCCUAAACAGUUAACGUUUCUCAACGCUCUACUGUGUUACACGACUUACGAAUCGAACGUUGUCAGAGAUCAUGCUAUAGGGCACGUCCUUGAACUCCACAAGAGACCCGAAUUGAAAUUGGUCAUAGAGGAGUUUGCAAGGAUGAACCUGGAGUUUUUAAAGCUGCUCAAACCGCCCGAGAGUCUGUGUGGAGUGGAUCAGGGUCGAAUGAAAAGUGAAGUCUGGACCGACGAUUUCAUCAAAGCGUCGCUUUUGCCUUACGUGUCACUUUUACAGGCCAACGGAAGUCUGAUUCAUGAUUUAGCGAAGAUAUACGUUCAGACUAGUGCCGAUAUCAAACGUAUCAUUUUACGUUUAAUAGAAAACCCCGUUAGGAUCAUGGGAAUGGAUUCGCCGGACCUCCUGAAGUUGGUCGAGGAAAGUCCGAAAGGAUCGGAAACUUUGGUGACGAGGGUUAUACAUAUCCUGACGGAUAAGGGGCCCCCGAGUGCACAGUUGGUGCAGAGGGUGAGGGAUCUGUACAAUAGCAGGGUGUCUGAUGUAAGGUUCCUUAUUCCCGUACUAAAUGGGUUGACGAAGCAGGAGGUAAUAUCUGCUUUGCCGAAAUUAAUUAAACUGAACCCGGUGGUCGUGAAAGAAGUUUUUAACAGGCUUCUGGGCUUCCACGGGGAUAGCCCCAUCACCCCAACCGACCUACUGGUCUCCCUGCAUUUGAUAAAUGCCGAUAAAGCGGACCUUAAGACUGUCAUGAAGGCGACGUCAAUGUGUCUGCAGGAGAAACAGGUGUUCACUCAAGAAGUUCUGGCGGUCGUCUUGCAGCAACUGAUGGAUCAGACGCCCCUGCCCACACUGUUGAUGAGGACGGUCAUACAGGCUUUGACCAGUUAUCCGAGGCUCUCUGGUUUCGUCAUGAAUAUCCUACAGAGGUUAAUCUUGAAGAAGGUCUGGAAACAAAAAGUCGUUUGGGAGGGCUUCAUAAAGUGCUGUCAGAGGACGAAGCCUCAGAGCUUCGCCGUUCUCAUGCAGUUGCCGACGCCGCAACUCACCGAGGCCCUGAACAUUUGUUCUGAGUUGCGGGAACCCCUUCGUGAACAUCUGCUGACGUUCACAGAAGCCCAAAGGGCACAUAUUCCGGCGGCGACGCAGGAAACAGUUUUGGGGCCUUUCACUGUGCCCGUGCCUGGUGCGGUACAGCCUUCCGCCGUGCCACAAACUGACGUCCUGGUUUUAGAUACAGACAUUUCCAUGCCCCCUCCAGCAUCCGAACCCCUGCCUCCGGGAAUGGAAUGAAAAUUUUAAAUGUAAUUUA